GGGAAAAACACAGCAAUCGCUCAAGUCAGUGGAGUGCACGGGUUCGCAGUUACGCACAGAGCGCGCACGGAGCGGCGGUGUUUCUGCAAUAAUUGGGCUGAUUCUCUCCAACAUGUGACUGUAUUACUUGCUCACAUGGCCGCUUCGGUGCAUGAUCCUCUUUAGUUUUAAAGCCCCGGUGGUCAGACUCCCCUGGUCACAACACUGCAGCUGAGACGGACUCGGCCAGACGAGCCAUGGCGAGCCAAGGACAGAAAGUUGUGCUGAUCACCGGUUGCUCCUCCGGGAUUGGUUUACGGAUCGCUGUUAUGCUGGCCAAGGAUGAAAAGAAGCGAUAUUAUGUGGUCGCUACCAUGCGAGACCUGAAGAGGAAGGACAAGCUGCUGGAGGCCGCUGGCGACGCCUACGGGAAGACGCUGACGCUGCAGACGCUGGACGUGUGCAGCGACGAGUCCGUCAAACAGUGCGUCAACAGCGUGAAGGACCGCCGCGUGGACGUGCUCAUUAAUAAUGCAGGGAUAGGACUGCUGGGUCCGGUUGAGAGCAUCAACAUGGAGGACAUGAAGAAGGUGUUCGAGACAAACUUCUUCGGUGCAGUGCGCAUGAUCAAGGAAGUGAUGCCGGACAUGAAGAAGCGGCGGGCGGGGCACAUCGUCGUCAUGAGCAGCGUGAUGGGCCUGCAGGGUGUGGUGUUUAAUGAUGUCUACACUGCCUCUAAGUUUGCCAUGGAAGGUUUCUGUGAGAGUCUGGCAGUGCAGCUGCUCAAGUUCAAUGUUACUGUCUCUAUGAUCGAGCCUGGUCCUGUGCACACAGAGUUUGAGGUGAAGAUGAUGGAGGACAUUUCAAAGAUGGAGUAUCCAGGUGUGGACGCUGACACCGUGCGCUAUUUUAAAGAUGUCUACCUGCCGUCCUCCAUCGACAUCUUCGAGGCCAUGGGGCAGACCCCAGAGGACAUCGCUAGGUGCACUAAGAAGGUGAUCGAAUCGAGGCGACCGCGAUUCCGCAACCUGACCAACGCGCUGUACACGCCGAUAGUGGCACUGAAGUACGCGGACGAGACGGGCGGCCUGUCCGUCCACACCUUCUACAACCUGCUGUUCAACAUGGGCACCCUGAUGCACGUCACCAUGAGCAUCCUCAAGUGCCUGACCUGCCGGUGCUUCCGCAGACGCACCGUCUCCCCCAACUGACACGCCCCCCCUCCCCUCCCCCC